CGAUCAGGAGGAAGGAGAAUGGCUGGUAUGACGAAGAACAUCCCCUUGUCUUCCUCUUCCUCGGCUCCUCUGGAAUCGGUAAGACUGAGCUGGCCAAACAGGUGGCUCGUUAUAUGCACAAGGACCUGAAAAAGGGAUUCAUCCGCAUGGACAUGUCCGAGUUCCAGGAGAAGCACGAGGUGGCUAAAUUCAUAGGUUCUCCUCCAGGUUAUGUUGGUCAUGAAGAGGGAGGUCAGCUGACUAAACAGUUGAAGGCGUAUCCAAAUGCCGUGGUUCUAUUUGACGAGGUGGACAAGGCCCAUCCAGACGUACUGACCAUCAUGCUACAGCUGUUCGAUGAGGGCCGUCUUACAGAUGGGAAGGGGAAGACCAUUGAGUGUAAGGACGCCAUCUUCAUCAUGACCUCAAACGUGGCCAGUGACGACAUCGCUCAGCAUGCAUUGCAGCUCCGCCAGGAGGCCCAGGAGCUCAGCCGCAGGAAACUGGCCGACAACCUGGACGAUGUUCAGAAGAGGGAUGAUGUCACCAUCUCCAGGCAGUUUAAGGACGCUGUAAUUCGCCCUAUUCUGAAGGCCCAUUUCCGGAGGGAUGAGUUUCUGGGGCGGAUCAAUGAGAUUGUCUACUUCCUGCCGUUCUGCCCCUCUGAACUACAGCAGCUUGUCAGCAAAGAGCUCAACUUCUGGGCCAAGAAGGCGAAGCAGAGGCAUGACAUCACUCUGCUGUGGGACCGCCCUGUUCUGGACCUGCUGGCUGGAGGUUACAACCUGCACUACGGAGCCCGUUCCAUCAAACAUGAGGUGGAGCGGAGGGUGGUCAACCAACUGGCAGCAGCCUAUGAGCAGGAGCUCCUUCCUAAGGGCUGCACCCUCCGCCUGUCUGUCCACUCAGAGGACAGGGGCGGGGCCGAGGGGCAGGAAGGGCUGGAGCAGGGCGUACCCAGUCUGCGUCUGGAGGUAGUGGGGAAGGACAGCACAGCACGGACGCUGGACAUACGCCCUCCUCUCAGCCCCGAUCACUAACACACAGCACCCACUGUGUAUAUAUAUAUAUAUAUAUACUCUGGAGUCUACUGUCGUCACAUCACCUCAUAAUAACCUAUCACCUCAUAAUAACCUAUCACCUCAUAGUCAUGAGUUGGUUUUCAUGGAGCUAAUUAAGCAAUAAGGCCCAAGGAGGUGUGGUAUAUGGCCAAUAUACCAUGGCUAAGGGCUGUUCUUAGGCACGACACAACAUGGAGUGCCUGGACACAGCCCAUAGCAGCGGUAUAUUGGUCAUAUAUCACAAACCCCCGAGGUGCCUUAUUGCUAUUAUAAACUGGUUACCAACGUAAUUAGAGCAGUAAAAAAUAUUGUUUUGUCAUACCCGUGGUAUACGGUCUGAUAUACCACGGCUGUCAGCCAAUCAGCUUUCAGGGCUCGAACCACACAGUUUAUAAUGUAAAAUAAAACACGUCUCAGAAGAAGCA